AUCGAUGGUCGACAUUCUUUCAUUUUUCUUUUUUUUUGUAUGUUUGUUGUUCGUUUCAGGUCCGACGAUAGCGAUAGUAUGGCAGCUCAUAGAACAAUCUAUGAGUUUACUGUUAAGGACGCUGAUGGCAAGGAUGUAUCAUUAAGUAAAUACAAGGGACAAGUGGUGAUCAUUGUAAAUGUGGCUUCAAAGUGUGGAUACACGAGCGGUCACUACAAGGAGUUAAAAGCUGUACAAGACAAGUACUACGAACAAGGUCUGCGAGUGGCUGCUUUCCCUUGCAAUCAGUUUGGAGGACAAGUAAGUUUACUCAGAUCUGGUACUGUUGCAGUGAUGAAAUGUAUUUACUGUUCUGUAUCACUCGAAAGACUGACUUUCUAUAAACCUCGGCAUGGAUAG